AUGGUUUCUAAUAAGUAUGAACGUGAAUGCGUUGAAAAGAAUAAAGAUCUAUUCCAGCCGCAACUUCCAAUCCUCACUCGUGCCUGGUAUUUCAUUCAGCUUUGGGGAUUGAAGAUAGCUAUUGUAGUAACGUUCAAAAUCCUGCGCUUUCUGCGACCAACACCUCCUGAAUCUCGUCCUACCAAGCUCUUGGCAUAUCCAUGUCGACCAAAUCUGCGAACGCGAAUCUUUGUUCCAGCGGCCAAGCAAGCUGACGAUGAACCACUCCCACUAUAUCUUGAUCUCCACGGUGGAGGGCAUGCUUUGAUGUCUGCCGAAUUCGAUGAUGAGAUCUGUGCUAGGAUGGCGAAUCGUUUCAAUAUUAUCAUUGUCAGUAUUGAAUACAGUCAGGCCCCUUCAAAUAGGUUCCCGGCAUUGACAAACGAUGUUGUUGCUAUUGCGCAAGCCACAAUCGACAAUCCCGAUCUGAAUAUUGACAAGAAGCGUGUGGUCUUGGGAGGUUUUAGUGCAGGAGGAAACUUGGCUUUGUCCGCUGCUCAAGUACCUGGAUUGCGAGAAAGAUUGAAUGGGGUAAUAGCUUGGUAUCCAGUAAUGGACUUCACGCUCACGCCGGACGAGAAGAAAGCCUCGCGCCCAUAUCGGAAUGCAAAGGACUUGGAUGAUCUACCAGAUUUUGGACCGAUAUUCGAAUGGGGUCAUAUUCCUGUUGGUCAGAAUCUUCGAGAUCCAUUAUUGAGCACUCGAUUUGUGAGCAGGAACGAUAUACCUAAAUGGAUAUAUAUAAUAGGGGCUGAGUACGAUAUGCUAGCCAAGGAAGCUAGAGAUACAGCUUUUGAUCUUGCCGGUUUGAAUGAAAAAGAACGCGAAGAUGGAAUGUAUGGGUUUGAAAAAGAUAGCUGUAAAUGGACGCUAGUAAGGGAUGUUCGCCAUGCUUUUACUCAUGAUUUGAUGGAUGGCAAGGGACCUGAUGCAGAGGCUAUGCGGAAACUCAGAACAGAUGAAAUAUUAGAGCAGGUAGGUGACUGGCUCUUCAGGGGUCCGUUCUCCAAAUAUUGA